GCGUUGACUGUCACCAUUGGAUCUACUUAUACUGUUAUUUAAAAUCUUAAGAACAUCAAUUUUCUCGAAGCGCUGCUGUUCCGUUUCAUCAAACACUUCAUCUGCGUUGCCAUUGCAUCACUUUGUCCUAAAAGCCAAGGAGCCCAAUACUCAAUAGAUCUCAACUCCAUAACAAACCUAAACCACCCGCGCCACCAAAACAACGAAGGCCAACGGAGGAGCAAGGGUGGUGUCCUUGCGCUGCCGCAGAGGACACAGAAACUGUAGGCUCCGUCAACCGUCUCCAACUGCCAGAAAUCAAAGAACCUUAUCAAAGUACUUUCAGAGGAUCUGGUUUUGGAUAACUGUCUGAGAUUGGUAUAGAUUAGUUCAUUUGGACAAAAGACAGUGGAACAGUAGAAGAUAUAUAGGAUGAAAGCCCUCAGAAAGGAAAACGAAAUAGUAGUUUGUGGCAUGCCAAAGGAAGGUAUAAAAAGUGCUACGAAUACUGAGUCAACUGUAUUAGAUGAAGCAAACAGUGGCAGACAAGUUUCUCGCCGUGUGAGGAAAUUUUCUGUUUCUACCAGAAAUAAAAGAAAAAGGCGAAAAACUUUGCGGAUUUCUUUAGUUGGACCGUCAACUGUAUCUUUGAAGAAAAAGCUUAUUGUUCUUGAUCUAAAUGGGCUUCUUGUGGACAUUGUUUCUCCUCCUCCAAAGGAUCGUAAAGCAGAUGCAACCGUAGGAAGUAAAGCACUAUUCAAGAGGCCCUUUUAUCUUGACUUCCUGAACUUCUGCUUUGAGAAGUUUGAAGUGGCUAUAUGGUCUUCAAGAACCAGGAAAAGGAUCGAUUAUGUCAUUAAUUAUUUGAUGGGAAAUAUGAAACAAAGGUUACUUUUUUGUUGGGAUCUUUCUUAUUGUACUAAAACAAGUUUCAAAAGUCUCGAAAACAAGUACAAGCCAUUGGUUUUUAAAGAUUUGAGGAAAAUUUGGGAGAAGUACGAUUCCCGUCUUCCAUGGAAGAAUGGAUACUAUAAUGAAUCAAAUACAUUGUUGUUGGAUGAUUCUCCAUACAAGGCAUUACUUAAUCCUCCAUGCAACUCCGUGUUUCCGCACACAUUCAGCUUUCAGAAUCAGAGCGACAAUUCACUAGCUGCUGGAGGUGAUCUGCGAGAAUAUCUGGAUGGAUUGGCAAAUGCUGAAAAUAUACAGAAGUAUGUGGAGCAACACCCAUUUGGUCAAAGUGCUAUCGAUGAAAGAAGUCAAUCUUGGAACUUUUACAGCAAGGUUCUCGAUAGUCUUUCUACCUGUCAACCUGAAAAGUGAAAAAAAAAAUCCAAAUAAAUGGAUCAGUAGUCUUCUCCUUUAAUUUUUCUCAUCACAGCAGUUGUUUUCCCAUUCUUUAACGUUAGAACAUCUUACAAAACAUUUUUUAUAUCGAAGAACAGCUGUAACAGCAAGAGGGCUAUAGAAUUGAAAGGAAUGAGUGAGACUUCAAAACUGAAGUAGUUUGUUUACCAUUGAUUUAAUUGUUUUUCAAUUCUUACACACUCGCUAUAUUUA